AUGGGUGGCUCCAUUAGGGCGGUCAGUGACAAUUGGUCGAGCAAGCGGCCCUGUGCCGAGGAGAUCUACUGCGAGGAGCAGCGCUAUGGCAGAAGAUACGAAGACCACCGCCGAGAACCACCCGUUUCUACAGCAUUCGGAGCGCUCAUGAGUCGGGCACGUCUUGUGCGAUUUGCAACCGGUCGACGGGCGCUGGUCCGGUCGGCUAUCAGGAUGACGAUCCGAUCUGCGACCGUGACGAGGGCUUUCGGGGCAAUUCCGCUGAGGCAUGCAGAUGCUGGCCGAGAGGGCGUGACGCAGUUGGCAGCGUUCGCUCGGAUCUUCGAACAUGUCAUGGCGAAGAAGGCGGAGCGGCGGGCGCUGGAUCUGCCGGAAGGAGAGCAACCGGACGACUUUCUAAUGCUUCUGCGGCCUGAGAUUAAUCUGGCUCGGCUGCAACUGGAAAUGAAGGGGCAGUACCCUGAAGCGCCCUUCGAGACAGAAGAAGUCGUCGGCUUGCUGAUGCCGAGCCUGCUCAAUUCGGUCCGUUUUUCCAUUGUCAGAACGAUGACCAUGAAGUUGCAUGCUGCUGAAGCGGAAGGACGCUUGGUAGGGGAGACCGCUCGCGAACGGCGCCGUCACUUUCUCGACGGUCUGCGAGCAAACUACGCAGCCCAGAAGACUCUGGCGGCCAAGCCCAUUCUUUCUUCUCUCGUUAUGCGGCAGAUCCAGAAUUGGCGGGAACGCAGCUUGGAAUUCUUGAUGCGCCUGACGGAGGAUCGACGGACUCUGCAAGAGCGCUUUGCACCUCGAGGGCUGGGCCGACUGACCGAGGUAAACACAGGCUACAGCGAUCCGCACAGUGGUGGGCGCUCGGUAGUGGUGGUGCGAUUCGACUCAGGGGUACGGGUCGUUUACAAGCCCCGCUCUUUGCGGGUAGAGGAGGCCUGCCAUAGCCUCCUUGCCUGGACUUGCAAAAAAGGUUUCGAGCCGGCCUUUCGGCCUCUUUCGAUCCUGAGCCGAAUGAACUACGGAUGGAUGGAAUUUAUCGAGGCCCGGUCUUGCGAGAACGAGGAGCAGGUGCAGUGCUUCUACAGGCGCCUGGGGGGGCAACUGGCGCUGCUUUACCUUUUGGAAGCCAGCGAUCUUCACUACGAGAACCUUAUCGCGCACGGCGAGCAUCCCAUCCUGGUGGAUCUGGAGUCGAUCUGCCAUCCCUCUCUCGGCGAGCUGGAUGCGGCCGGAUCAUGGUCUUUGCCAGCCCGAGAGACGGUGCUGGGAGUUGGGCUUCUGCCACAGAAGUUGAGUUCCGACCCUGGGACUGGCAGCGAUUUCGGGGCCCUCCGUGAGAUGGCUGGGGCCGAGGUCGAGACGACUCUGCUCCAACCACCAAAGGGGCGUGACGAACAGGCCCGAUUCGAGCGAUGCAGGGUGGCCCUUGAGGGGGGGGCAAAACGUUCCCCGGCUGCGAGAGGAAGCAGUCCAUCCUGUGGAGGUCCUCUCGCGGGCUUCGCUGAGGUCGAGACCCGGGUGAUCUUCCGACCAACGAGCGUUUACGGCCGCGUUUUGGUCGCCUCUGUCCAGCCGCAAUUCUUAACGGACUCGGCGGCCCGCGAGGCCCUUUUUGGCAAACUUGGGGAGGUAGCUCAACGCUAUCCGUGGCUGGAAAAGCUGGCGGUCGCCGAACGGCGUGAUCUCGAACGGGGAGAUAUUCCCCGAUUCACGACCACGCCGAACUCACGCAACCUCUGGGACGCCAUCGGAGAGGAGACCCCGAGCUAUUUCCUUGAGAGCGGCCUUGAAGCAGUCGGUCGGCGGUUGGCGAGUCUUGGUGGUGCGGACCUAGAGCGGCAGCGCUGGGUUCUGGGGCAGUCUAUUGAGCUCCUGAAGCCGCCAGCAGCACACGACACGCGCCAUCCUUGCAAAGCACCCCAGCUCACAGCUGAGUCACCGUCACCCGUCGACUUUUUGGAAGCCGCUUGCGAGGUGGCGGAUCGUCUUCGCGCCCUCGUUUUCGAAGGCCCUUGGGGCGCCCACUGGAUCACCCUGCAAGCGAGCAACCCGAGUAAGAGGUUUUUGGGACCUACUGGCUUGGCCCUUUUCGAUGGCCUUCCUGGCAUCGCUCUUUUCUUAGCCCACUUAGAGAGUCAUGGUGGGAGGCCGGAAGAUCGGCAUCUCAAACAAGAGGUGAUGAAAAGCAUCCUGGGCCUGAUAGAUCGCCAUGGUGAUGCCUUCAAGAUUCUGGGCGGAUACACGGGAUGGGGCGGCUUGCUCUACCUUUUUUCUCGACUGGAAAAGUUGGAAGGGGAGGAUCGCUGGCGGCGCCGCAGCGCGCAAGCAACGCAGCGGAUCGCCGCUCUCGUCAAUUCAGAGCCCCCAGAAGCUCUCGGCACAGACAUCAUCUCGGGAGCCGCUGCGGUAGCGCUCGGAGAUUUGAUUCUGGCUGGCGCGGUGGAGACGCCGGUGGGGAAAGGGUGGCUCUCAGAAGUAGGUCUUCCGUUGGCAGGAUUCUCCCACGGCGCGGCGGGAAUCACCUGGGCUUUGUCACGCCUUCAUUCAGCGACCGGCGAGCCUCGAUUUCUACUGGCUGCUCAAACUGGGCUUGAGUACGAACGUAGCCUCUUCGAUCCCCGCAGGGGGAAUUGGCGGGACCUCCGCAGCCCUGAGUCCUUCAUGGUCGCAUGGUGUCACGGAGCGCCCGGCAUAGGGCUGUCGCGGCUGUUGCCUUCCGACCUCAGCGACCCAAAGACCCACGAAGAGUUAGAAGUCGCCGUGCAAACAACCCUCGCGGCGGGUUUCGGAGGCAACCAUUGCCUCUGUCAUGGCGACCUGGGCAAUUUGGAUUUCCUGCUCGAGACAGCCUUGCAUAGUGGCGAUGCGGCUCUCAAGAGAAGAGCCUAUCGUAUCGCCGGCGGCUUAUUGAAAAGCCGCCGCGAGACCGAUUAUCGGUGUGGUCUCGGCCUCGGAUUCGAACCUGCGGGUCUAAUGGUCGGGCUCGCCGGGAUCGGCUACGAAUGGUUGCGCCUGGCAGCCCCCUUGGAAGUGCCGAGCUGCCUUCUACUGUCUCAGAAUGCCGCACCUGUCCCACACUUCAACAGAGGAGAGCAUUUAAGAAGCAACUACGUUUUCGGAACGGAGGCCAGCCGACCAGCUUGA